GCAACCGAGCUGGAAUGUGUCGUGUGAAGAGACGGUGUCUGAGAUUUAAUUGGCCCGAGUCCCCAUCUUCCUCGCCUUCGGUGUCUGUUCGGGGGAGUUUUGGACAAAGAGGAAAUGAUGUGGUAAUGAGGGCUUGUUAAUUACAGUCUGGGAGAACGAUCAGUGGGAGGGAGAGAGAAAGAAAUGGAGAGAUUGUCGCUUUAACAAGGCGGAGGGGAGAGUGGGAGAGAGUUUAAAAAAAAAAGCAACGCAGUGAAAACCACAUCGUAGGCUCAGCUUGUCAGCUUCACGUUUCAUUUAGUCCAGAAGCAAUGCAGUGAUCGCGAUAAGAAAAAAAACCCUCCCAAACUUGAAGCCCUGGAAUAGCAAUGCCGGCUGAAUUUGGGUGACGAGAGUGGAAUCGGCACUGCUGCAAGCGGGCGUCUUGUUGGUCUUUCCAAGGCCGGUUCAAUGGGUGAACAUUGCUUUGAGCAGUGGCGGAGCUCGGAGGAAGGUUUACAUUGACAUCCGCCUCGUUUCCCAGGAGGGAACUUGACUUCGCAAGAGUUCUACAAUGCUGACUGGUACGAUGAUUCUUCCUCUGAUGACGACGCUGGCUUUUCUAAGUGUUCGUUGUGAAGAUAAGGAAAAAAAGCUGAAGAGCAAUCAUUUCAAAUGCGUGUGUGAAGGGAUGUUUUGUGGAGGAGAGAACCAGUGUGUUGGACAACAGUGCUUUGCAUCGCUCAGCAUAAAUGACGGACAUCCUGUUUAUCAGAAAGGUUGCUUUGAAGUGUAUGAACAGGGCAAGCUAACGUGCAAAACUCCGCCAUCAGCAGAUCAAACAGUCGUGUGUUGCCGGGGCUAUUUGUGUAAUAUGAACAUCACAGCUCAACUGCCAUCAAAAGGAGCACCGGUGGGCUACAGUGCAAGAACCCUGGCUAUGGUUGUUGUUGCUCCAGUAAUUGUGCUAACCAUUGUCACCAUGGUGACAGUGGUCAUAUUGCGAAAGCUUCACCAAAAUCAGAUGCAAAGACUAAAUGCCCGAGAAGCUGAAUAUGGUGCCAUUGAUGGACUGAUUGCCUCCAAUGUUGGUGACAGCACGCUAGCUGACCAUCUCUUUUUCUCACAGGAUCUGCUGGAUCACUCCUGCACCUCAGGCAGCGGAUCGGGGCUUCCCUUCCUCAUACAGAGAACAGUAGCUCGACAGAUCACCCUGGUGGAAUGUGUGGGCAAAGGGCGCUUUGGAGAGGUUUGGCGUGGCCAAUGGCAAGGAGAAAAUGUUGCAGUCAAAAUAUUUUCUUCCAGAGAUGAAAAAUCCUGGUUUAGAGAGACCGAGAUCUACAACAGUGUACUCCUGAGAAAUGAGAACAUCUUAGGGUUUAUUGCUUCAGAUAUGACAUCCAGAAAUUCCAGCACACAACUGUGGCUAAUUACCCACUACCACGAGCUGGGCUCCCUCUAUGACCACUUGCAACACACUGCACUGGACACUGUGGGCUGUUUGCGGAUAUCGCUGUCCAUUGCCAGUGGUCUGACACAUCUGCACACAGAAAUAAUCGGGACGCAGGGCAAAGUUGCAAUUGCACAUCGAGACCUUAAAAGCAAAAACGUCCUUGUUAAGGAGAAUGGGCAAUGCUGCAUUGCAGACUUGGGUCUUGCGGUGAUGCAUUCCCAAUGCACUAACCAUUUAGAUGUAGGCAAUAAUCCUAGGGUAGGCACCAAACGAUAUAUGGCCCCUGAGGUUUUGGAUGAAUCCAUGCAGGUGAACCUCUUUGACUCCCACAGGAGAGUUGACAUCUGGGCCUUUGGUCUUGUCCUGUGGGAGGUUGCGAGGAGGACAGUGAGCAACGGAAUUAUUGAAGAUUACAAGCCCCCGUUUUAUGAUCUUGUUCCCAAUGACCCUGGUUUUGAUGAUAUGAAAAAGGUGAUUUGUGUGGAUCAACAAAGACCAAAUAUUCCGAACAGAUGGUUUUCCGACCCAACGUUAACAUCCCUUGCGAAGGUGAUGAGAGAAUGCUGGUAUCAAAAUCCAUCUGCAAGACUCACUGCCCUGCGCAUUCGAAAAACUCUUUCCAAAAUCGACAACUCAUUCGAUAAGUUUAAAAUGGAUUGCUGAGGAUUGUUUUCCAAUGACUGCCCAACAGGCAUAUUACCACGUAAAGGGAUGCAGCGGACAAAAGAGAGAGAAUGUUUCAGUUUCUGGGUUGAAGCUUUUUAAGACUCCAAUCAGUGUGGUAAAAUAGAAACAGAAAAUGUCGGAAUAAUCGGCUUAUCGUAAUGCAUUUGAAGAUAAGAUGAAUAUUUUGGUCGCACGUAGUUGCCAGACCUAAUUUUUCUAACUAUGUGCAUUCUUAAGACAACAUUUUCCAAGAAAAAUGUUACUGAUGCAAUGUUAACAAGGUUAUAUAGCAUGUGAAACUAUGGAGAAACCAGCAUAUCACUAUAGCUGCUUAAUGUGUAACCAUUAAGAGGAAGUUGAAGAUGCAUUGCAAAUAAUUCUUGCAGAAAAAAACAUUCUAUGGUGCAUCGGAAGAGAAAUGUACUCGUAUAAAAUCAGAAUGGUUUCAUUCUUUGUGGCUUAAUAUUUAUAUUCUAUAUGUUAUACUUGUUUCCCUUCCAUCAUUAUUUUGCACUAGCAAUUUUUGCUUUCUUUAUGUAUACUAUACAUAAUAGAUUUGAAUGCCUAAAACAAUCCAACAAGCCAAAUAUUAUGAGUUUAACACCCAAUUGAUGGCAAUUAUGUAUUUUUACAGUCUUGAGAUAUAAUUAAUUGCUUUGACUAUUAGUACAUACAAUUUGCACUGAUAUUAACACAACUAUUUUCUGGCCCAAAUAGAUCACACCAGUCUUUGCAAAUGUGUGUUAUUUAUUGCUAUGUCAAUACUAACUUGUUUUCCGAAAUUGUGAAAUGAUAUAGCAGUUUGAUUUUCUUGUAUAGGUAGAUUAUAAUAUGUAUUCCACAAUAUUUAUAUUUGAAAAUAUUCUGCCUGAAAUUUAGUUCAUAAACUACACCAACCUGUAUUUUGUGCUUUGUGCAUAUUGUAAAUGCUGUCACAGAAGCGAGAAUAAUUUAAGUGCACUAAACUUAAGUUUUUAUAGCAAUGAAAUAUCAUUUUUU